AUGGCAGAGAAUAUCAACGCCUCGAACCAUGGUCGAACAGCACUCGUUUUGUACGGGUCGGAGACUGGGAACAGCGAAGAUGUGGCUUCACAGCUGGGGGAUUUGAUGAAGAGGCUGAGAUUUGUAACAAGGAUUUCUGAAAUGGAUACAGUAGAUCUGAAUACUUUGCUGAAUUUUUCAAUCGUCGUCUUCGUCAUCUCAACUGCGGGCCAGGGCGAGUUUCCUCAGAAUGCUCGCAUGUUCUGGAAAAAACUGCUAAGGAAGCGAUUGCCUCACGAUUGCCUUUGUCACGUGUCAUUUACUACCUUUGGCUUGGGUGAUAGCUCGUACAUCAAGUUUAAUGUUUCGGCGCGAAAGCUACAUAAACGUCUACUCCAGCUUGGGGCGAAAGAGAUAUACCAACCAGGCGAAGCCGAUGAUCAGCAUCCAGAUGGCCUUGAUGGAACUUACUUAUCUUGGUCUCAUGGCUUUCGGAGUUUUCUCCUAUCUUCAUACCCAUUAACUGAAAGCUUAGCACCAAUUCCACCGGAGGAAUUUCUUUCUCCUGAAUAUUCUAUCGAUAUUGAUCAUGAAUACAUAAAUUCUACUUCAUUCUCACCUAUCCAAUUUAAUGAACGUGACAAAGAUUAUUACAAACAUGCAUCGGUCAAUUUAAAACCUAAGCUUGAAAUAGCCGACACUGUCAUAGAUUCAGUGGAUCAAAGUUCCUCGAUUUCAAAGUCAUUGCAAAGUCAGUCAUGCAUCCAAUCUUCUCCGGACCUCAAGGAUCAUCCAGCUCUCGACUUGUCAUGCCAAUCUCUGCCACCAGAAUACGAGCAUAUUCCUAUCCCCAACAGUUAUAAAGCUAAGCUUAAGUGUAAUAAGCGAAUGACACCAAAUAGCCAUUUCCAAGAUGUGCGGGAACUAAGCUUUAUUGUGAAGGAGGAAUUAAAUUAUCAGCCUGGUGACUCAAUCAUUAUCUUUCCAAAAAAUUUUCCGGGAGAUGUUGAUACCCUCAUCAAAUUGAUGAAAUGGGAAGACGUAGCCGACAAGCCCCUAAGAUUUGUUACCCAAAAUCCGGAAUACACGAGAAGUGAUAUUCUCGUGCCUCCUACUUCGUACCUUCAUACAAUCUCUCACACGACUCUGAGACAGCUUCUUACCCACAACCUCGAUAUUACUGCUAUUCCUAAGAGAAGAUUUUUCGAAUUCAUUGCCCAGCAUACAGAAGAUCCUAUGCAUCGAGAUCGUCUCUUUGAGUUUGCCAAUCCAAUGUUUACCGAUGAAUUCUAUGACUACACGUCACGACCAAGACGUAGUAUACUCGAAGUCUUACAAGAUUUCCCCACGGUCAACCUACCUUGGAAAUAUGUUCUUGCCAUCUUUCCUGUUAUGCGAGGCCGAGCUUAUAGCAUCGCUAGUGGAGGUGCUGAAAAGUCCGUGUGUUUAAAAUCCGAAAAGGCAGUUCAAAUCACGAUCCUUGUUGCCAUAGUAGAAUAUAGAACCAUCCUGAAGAAGAUUCGUCGAGGCCUGUGUUCUCGAUAUCUUGCCUACCUUAAGGAAGACACAGAAAUAAGGAUUGUGCUCAAGAGAUCAGAUAGCUUUUACAAGCUCGCACAGAAAUCACCGCAACUUCCUCUAAUAUUAGUUGGACCAGGAACAGGUAUAGCACCCUGUCGCUCUCUAAUUCUCGAGCGCGGCCUCCAGAUGUUGGCUCCUAAUAACAAUGUGGAGAUUGGGCAAAAUUGUCUCUUCUUUGGUGGCCGCAAUCGGGCUGCCGACUACUUCUAUGAGGAAGAGUGGACGGCAACGCAUCUCCGUACUCGCGUUUUCCCAGCCUUUUCUCGAGAUCAAGCGAAAAAGGUGUACGUGCAAGAUUUGAUCCGUCUUGAAGCCAACUUUGUGUCCACCCUGAUCCUAGCUCAAGGUGCAAUUAUCUAUGUCUGUGGUAGCUCAGGCAGUAUGCCAUUAGGAGUCAAGGAGGCUCUCAUCUUUGCCCUGACUAGGUGUGAACUAAAGCUCGUCGGGGUCCCUUUCACGCGUGAGAGUGCCCUCUUAAAACUUGCUGAGUUGGAAAAAAACGGUCGAUUUAUUCAGGAAACGUGGUGA